AUGGAUCCUGUUCGACCACCCUUCAGGGGCCCUUCUCCUGGGCACCCAUCUCAGUAUGUACGGAUGCCAGGGUCUUGGAUACAUGCUCCUAAACCUUUGGACUCAGCUUUGGGCAGGGCAAGGCCUGUGGGCAGAGGCCAUGUAUUUGGAAAGCCAGAGGAACCCAGCCCACAGAGUGGGCCAGCACAAAGGGAACCUAUGGGUUUGGUCUCCAUGUUCCGAGGACUGGGCCUUGAAACAGCGUCACGGACUCCUCCGAAAUGGGAAAUGCCUUCUUUAGGUAGAGGCAUUUUAGGUCGAGGUUUGUCUACCAGUGUGUUGCACAAGGACAAAGAAGAAUCCCGUCCCACUUUUCCGGAUCCAUCAUUGUUGGCAGCUGGGGAUAGCAAGAUGGCAGAGGCCUCCAUUGGUUGGAAUAGAAUGCUUGGAAGAGGAAAUUCAGAUACAACUAUAUUACCAUUGGGAAGAGCAGCUGGUGGUAUAGGCAGAGGCGUGUACAAGGCUCCCGGUGCUGUAAGCAUGACUUCUCGGGGUCCUUCCCAGCAGCCGUCACCGCCACCUCUGCCGUUGUCAUCAUUGCACUCUCUGGAUCGGCUUCCACUGGGGACUGCAGAACACAAGGAAAAAGAGCGUCUUGUGAAGCAAGGAUCAAAAGGAAUACCUCAAUCUUUGGGAUUGAAUCUUAUCAAAAUACAGUGUCAUAAUGAAGCAGUUUACCAAUAUCAUGUGACUUUUAGCCCCAAUGUGGAGUGCAAAAGUAUGAGGUUUGGCAUGCUGAAGGACCAUCAAGCUGUCACUGGAAACGUCACUGCUUUUGAUGGAUCCAUUCUCUAUCUGCCUAUUAAGCUUCAACAAGUUCUUGAGUUAAAAAGUCAAAGGAAAACUGAUGGUGCCGAGAUCAGCGUUAAGAUUCAGUUGACCAAGAUCCUGGAGCCCUGUUCUGACUUGUGCAUUCCCUUCUACAAUGUUGUUUUCCGUCGGGUAAUGAAGCUUUUAGAUAUGAAGCUCGUGGGGAGAAAUUUCUAUGACCCAACAAGUGCUAUGGUACUGCAGCAACACAGAUUGCAGAUCUGGCCAGGCUAUGCAGCUAGCAUCCGGAGGACAGACGGUGGUCUCUUUCUGCUAGCUGAUGUCUCCCAUAAGGUCAUUCGAAAUGAUUCUGUGCUGGACGUCAUGCAUGCCAUGUAUCAGCAGAACAAAGAAAACUUCCAGGAUGAGUGCACUAAGCUUCUGGUCGGCAAUAUUGUCAUAACCCGAUACAACAAUCGCACCUAUCGUAUUGAUGAUGUGGAUUGGAAUAAGACUCCGAAAGAUAGCUUCACGAUGUCUGAUGGAAAGGAGAUCACAUUUUUGGAAUACUACAGCAAAAACUAUGGGAUCACAAUUAAGGAAGAGGACCAGCCACUACUGAUCCACAGGCCCAGCGAGAGGCAGAAUAAACAAGGCAUGCUGCUAAAAGGUGAAAUUCUGCUGCUGCCUGAGCUUUCCUUCAUGACUGGGAUCCCUGAGAAGAUGAAGAAAGACUUCAGAGCCAUGAAGGAUUUGACCCAGCAGAUCAACCUUAGCCCCAAACAGCACCAUAAUGCUUUGGAAUGCUUGCUACAGAGAAUUUCAAAGAAUGAGGCAGCCAGCAAUGAACUAACACGUUGGGGACUCUGUCUGCAGAAGGAUGUACAUAAGAUUGAAGGACGUGUUCUGCCAAUGGAAAGAAUUAACUUAAGAAAUACUUCAUUUAUCACAUCUCAGGAACUAAACUGGAUUAAGGAAGUGACCAGAGACCUUUCCAUUUUGACUGUCCCCAUGCAUUUCUGGGCACUGUUUUACCCAAAGAGAGCAAUGGACCAAGCCCGAGAACUGGUUAACAUGUUAGAGAAGAUAGCUGGCCCCAUUGGAAUGCGCCUGAGCCCACCAGCCUGGGUUGAACUAAAGGAUGAUCGAAUAGAGACCUAUGUCAGAACCAUUCAAUCCAUGCUUGGAGUUGAGGGGAAGAUACAGAUGGUCGUUUGCAUCAUCAUGGGGACACGUGAUGAUCUCUAUGGGGCCAUUAAAAAGCUAUGCUGUGUACAGGCUCCGGUGCCCUCACAGGUCAUCAAUGUCCGAACCAUUGGUCAGCCCACCAGGCUUCGGAGUGUGGCCCAGAAGAUUUUACUUCAGAUUAACUGUAAAUUGGGUGGCGAGCUCUGGGGAGUGGAUAUUCCUCUGAAACAGUUAAUGGUCAUCGGGAUGGACGUUUACCAUGACCCUAGCAGAGGCAUGCGCUCCGUGGUCGGCUUCGUGGCAAGCAUCAACCUCACUCUCACAAAAUGGUAUUCCAGAGUGGUAUUCCAGAUGCCUCAUCAGGAGAUUGUGGAUAGCCUGAAGCUGUGCCUGGUGGGCUCCUUAAAAAAGUUUUAUGAGGUGAACCACUGUCUCCCAGAGAAGAUUGUGGUGUACCGUGAUGGAGUGUCUGAUGGCCAGCUAAAGACAGUUGCCAACUAUGAGAUUCCUCAGCUACAAAAGUGUUUUGAAGCUUUUGAGAAUUAUCAGCCCAAGAUGGUGGUAUUCGUAGUUCAGAAGAAAAUCAGUACCAAUCUGUACCUGGCUGCUACUGAGCACUUUGUGACCCCCUCCCCUGGGACUGUGGUGGAUCAUACAAUAACAAGCUGUGAGUGGGUGGACUUCUACCUUCUUGCCCAUCACGUACGGCAGGGUUGUGGCAUUCCUACCCAUUAUGUGUGUGUUCUCAACACGGCAAACCUGAGUCCCGAUCAUAUGCAGAGGUUGACUUUCAAACUAUGCCACAUGUACUGGAAUUGGCCUGGUACCAUCAGAGUUCCAGCACCUUGCAAGUAUGCCCACAAGCUAGCUUUCCUGUCAGGACAAAUCUUGCAUCAUGAACCAGCCAUCCAGCUGUGUGAGAACCUGUUCUUCCUGUGACUGGACAACCAGGAUAUGGGCUCAUAUAGAGAAAUUAGACUUCUGAACUCAGUUGUAACUCAUGCAGGAUCCAUAGAGACUGAAAAGAUAUUUGUGUUCACGUUUUCCCUUUCGCCAACCCAGUAGAAUAAGAUUUCUUUUUUCUUUUUUCUUCUGUUUUAAACCUGGUAUCACCAAGAAGCAAUUUCCAUGCUAAGUAUCAGUUGGAAAUUGCCUUGUUGCCUUUGUAGGUCAAAUGGGGGCGACACUGCUACUGCGUAGAUGGAGUGGGUGAAUACGGGGGCACCCUGAAGAGCCUGCAAA